CAAUAAGCCGGUCAGUUGUGUUUCAAAAAGGACUCAAAUCCGCUAUAUUGUUUGCUGUCAUUGACUCCUUACACGAGGAAACAUAGCCUGCUACUGAUAUGUGACUUUCCUUUUCAUCAGAUAGUUUCAUACAUUGUGCAAUUGGUAGAUCAUCCCCCAUAAUGACUUCUGCAGAAGCCAUUGUUGUUGUUCUGGAUGUUGGACCAAGUGUUGCUCGAGAAAUUUCGCCAAAUGGAGAAACCUUUCUGCAAAAUGCACAACUCUGUGCUACAAACAUUAUCCAAAGAAAGAUUCUUUCACAAUCAAUUGAUGAAAUCGGGCUCAUAAUUGUUGGUUCUGAGGAAACUAAUAACCCACUUGCUGAUGAUGAGGGUUAUAAGAAUAUCGAAAUAGCUCACUCACUGCGACGAGCCAACUGGAGCAUGGUCAAGUCUAUAGCUAAAUAUCAAAAAGGUACUGAAGCAACUGGAGACUGGUUGGAUGCAUUGAUCGUGGCUGCAGAUUUCAUAAAAACAUCUACUGAGGGCAAGAUAUUUAAAGAGAAGAAAAUAGUCAUGCUGACCAAUUUCUGCUCUGAUGUUAGUGAUGAUGAAGUUGAUUGUAUUAUCCAAGGCUUAAAGAAUGAAAACGUUCAAGUCAUUGCUAUUGGGCCACAGACAGCCUUCAGUGAAUCUCAGGCAUCUAUUGCUCAUGAAUACAAAAGUAGAGAACAGGAAGAAGGAGAGAAACUUAUUGCUAGGAUUGUCAGUGAGGUUCCAAAAAGCGUAAUUUGUAGCUUUGAAGAUGCUAUUCCUCAACUUAUGUAUUUUGAGGUAAAGAAAACCAGGCCAACACCAUGGAAAAGUGAAUUGACAAUUGGUUCAAGCAUAAAAAUACCAGUGAAGGCGUUUGUAAAGAUUGCUGAAACAAAACCAUUUGCCACCCAUGACAUUAUCAUACCUGAAUUGAGAAAUAUAUCAUCAGGUCAUUCUAUCCCUGUGUUACCUUCUACUCAGAAUGUUACUGAUGAUGAACAAAAGCCAAAGAUUGAUUUGGAAGAUGAAGAGGUGUCUGGUAGUGGAAAAGACUUUGGCCUGAUUGAUAGAGACCGUAUUUACCAAGUGAGUGGAAACGAUGCAGAAGCAGUGGAUGCUGCCGAUGUCAUUGAAGGCUAUAUGUUUGGAACAACCAUUGUACCUGUCACAGAUGAUGAUAGACCACAGCUUGAUUACUCAUCAGGUGAAAAGUGCCUCAGUGUCUUGGGCUUCACUAAACAGCAUAAUGUUCCAUUUUAUUUGAUUUCUGGUAAAGGCUGUCAUGAAGUCUAUCCAGAAGAUGAUGAGGACAGCAAACGAGCUUUCUCAGCAUUAAUUCAAGCCAUGGAUUCUAAUGACAUGAUUGCAGUUGUCCGUAAAGUAUACAGAUUAAAUGCUGUUCCAAAAUUGACUGCAUUAUUUCCCAUGAUAACACCAGAAUAUCAGUGUUUAGUAAUGCUAGAACUACCGUUCUCAGAGAGUGUUCUUACACUUGUGCUCCCACCAUUGGUAACUGAAAAAAAUAAACCUACAGAUGAACAGUUGAAAGCUGUUGAUGAGCUUAUGUCAAAAAUGAACCUGAUGGAUCAUGAUGAGGAGGACUCAGAGAAUGGCGCAUAUGACCCUCACAAAACACUUGACCCAUACAUGCAGCAUUAUCAAAGUAUAGUGGCUAAGAAGGCAUUAAAAGGCGAUUCAUUCAUUAGCAGGUCAGAAACUGAUCAAGCUGUGAAACAGCUACUUUCACCUAAAGAAGAACUUGUUGAAGCAGCACUGCCUGCCUUAGCCAAAAUAAAAACUCUUUUCCCCCUUACUAAAGUGACUCCUAAGGAAGGAGCUCGAAAAGCUGCAGUAGAUUUGUUUCAACAAAAUGCACCCGACUUAAGUACUCAAACAGUUAAGCAACCUUUAGAUGUGAAAGACAUAAAGCAUGAUAUUGGAACUGUGCAGCCUGAGGAAGAUUUCAAGACACUUAUUAAUCAAGGAUUGCCUCUUGAUAAAGCAUGUGAUUUACUGAUGAAAGUCGUAUGUGAUUUGAUACUACAAGCAUUUGAUGCUGAUGAUUUCUUAAAACCUGGCAAGUGUUUAUUAGAAAUGCGAAAGGUGUGCCUAGAGAAAAAUCAUUUGAUGUACAACAACAGUAUUACCAAACUAAGAAAAGAUCUUCCUCUUGAAAAGAGUGAUUUUUGGGAGCUGGUUGUAAGGAGUCAAGCAGGUCUUAUUACUUCAUCUGAAACUGAUCAGAGCACAGUUACGACCGAAGAAGCUAAAGAAUUUUUGGAAAUGAUAACAGUAAAAGAUGAAAUCUUACAACCUAAAACCACUGACGAGUUUGAUGAUUUGAUUGAUGAAAUGUAGACAGACAAGACCUGUGUUUGUCUUUCAGAUUGUUGGUACUGAACCAGAAUGUUCACACACUAUACAUCAUGGAAUUAUGGAAUUUUCUGAUUUCCGUCUGGGAGAUGAAGUUGUGCCAGCAUGUUUUGUAUUUAGAAUACAAGUAAUUUAUUAUUCAAAAACGUUGUUUUCCAAGGCACAAAU